AUGAAAGCAGCAAGGACAAUCGAAGUGUUACGUGACUUGUUUGCCCGAUAUGGUCUACCCUUGACAUUGGUCAGUGACAAUGGGCCUACUUUUACCUCGGGGGAGUUUAAGAGAUUCUUAAAAGAAAAUGGUAUCAAUCAUAAGUUCACUGCUCCAUACCAUCCAGCCACUAAUGGUCAAGCUGAACGGUUUGUGCAAAAUAUGAAAGUGGCUCUCCGAAAAAUGAUUAACGACCCAGGUAACAUUGCUUAUAAGCUUUCGAACUAUCUUAUGCGUUACAGAAAGACACCAAACUCUACAACCGGAGUGGCACCCUGUACAUUAUUUCUCCAGCGAGAUAUACGCAUCAGAUUGGAUUUGAUCCGGCCAAACACCAUCGAUAACGUAAAGGAGAAACUACACUGGCCAUAUCCAAGUGGUGUGCAAUAUUACCCGGGAGAUAAGGUUCAUGUAAGAGAGUAUUCUAGCAAAAACAAAAAGUGGGAGUUUGGGAAAAUAGUACGUCAAGACGGACUUUUCCAUUAUUUCAUUGAUGUUCACGGGAAGCUAUGGAGAAGGCAUGUGGACCAGAUUCAGAAGUGUAACGUGAAUGAAAAACAAGCACCGAAGGAUCCAGAGGUGCAGCUUUCAAACUCUGCUCCUAUGCUUAGCCCCACAUGCGGUGGUCCUACAACAAAUUCGCCGAUACAAACAUCUAAUGAUGAGUUUCAGUCACCUGUGGCGCAAUCACCUAAGCCCAAUGAAUCCUGGAGUGAAGGAGUAGUUCAACCAUCACCAUCAAUCUCGAAGGAAGCAGAUAAUUUUGACAAAGACACUGAAGUAGCACCCACGGUUCGAAGAAGCAGUCGCGUUAAGAAGCCUGUAGAGCGGUUGGGUUACUAA